AUGGCGACGACGUCGUCCAGUGAUUACAAAGACCAAGGCGGCGAUCGGUCACGGUCGCCGCUCAUUCCUGCGGCGAAGAAGCCUGCCGGAGAGUUAGCGGAGAAGCUGUGCAUAGACGAGAUGCUGCAGAAGUACUGCGGCGAGUUUGGGCGGUGGCAGCUGAGGCACUUCAUGCUGACGAGUAUGGCGUGGGCCUUGGAAGCCUUCCACACGAUGGUCAUAAUUUUCGCGGACCACGAACCGGAGUGGCGGUGCCUGGACGGUGCGGCCGGUUGGGGUUGCGACCCAGACGCGAAAAGCGUGUGCUGGUUCGAACCGGGUUCGUGGGAGUGGAUCGGGAACUCGACCGUUACGGAGUGGGGGCUGUUUUGCGAGGACAAGUUUAAGGUCGGGCUGGUUCAGGCCGCCUUCUUCGGCGGCUGUAUGAUCGGUGCUGGAAUAUUCGGUCACCUCUCAGACUCGUUCCUCGGAAGAAAAGGCUCUCUCACAGUGGUUUGUGGCCUAAACGCCAUUUUUGGCACCUUGACAGCCUUCUCUCCCAGCUUCUCAUUCUACAUCCUCUUCCGCUUCCUCACAGGCUGUAGCACAGGCGGCGCCGGCCUCUGCGCCUUCGUCCUCGCCACGGAGCCGGUAGGCCCCUCAAACCGCGGCACCACCGGCAUGUGCACCUUCUACUUCUUCUCCUCCGGCAUCGCGAUCUUAUCUGCCAUCGCCUACAUCUUUCCCACGUGGCAAAAACUCUACAUAGCCUCUUCCAUCCCCUCCCUCUUGUUCCUCCUCUUCAUCCUCCCCUUCAUCUCAGAGUCCCCAAGAUGGUACCUCGUUAGAGGAAGAAAAUUGGAAGCAAUGCAAAUCAUGACCGCCAUCGCCACUACCAACGGUAACCACAUCCCAGAAGGGGUUGGUCUAACCCUAGACGAUGAUCAAUCACCACAAUUACCAUCACUGUCAGCUUUAUCAUGCAAUAUGCAAGAACAAGUAUUAGCAGAGGUCAACUCCUUAAAGAAAUCUCAGCAUCUCGAGAAAUUAGUCGCUGACUCGACUCUUCUGGACUCGUCCAAGGGACCAUCAUGCCACGUGGCGGUGACCGGAUCGCUCCUCGACGUCAUUCGCUCGCCCAUGACACGUUUGAGGUUGAUCCUCGCCGUUGUCAUCAACUUCCUAUGCUCGGUGGUGUACUACGGGUUGAGCCUAAAUGUGGUGAACCUGGGAACCAACCUGUACCUUACAGUGAUACUCAACGCCGUGGCAGAGAUGCCAGCGUUUAUGAUAACGGCGAUGUUGCUGGAUCGGUGGGGGAGGAAGCCGUUGACCAUAGCGACGUUAUGGUUCAGCGGCGCGUUCUGCCUUGCGGGGAGUUUGGUGAAAAACGUUGGGGUGUGGAAGGGUGUGAGAAUGAUCUGUGGGAUUUUAGGGAUUUUCGGGAUGGCGGGGACGUAUAAUCUGCUGUUCAUAUACAUGGCGGAGCUGUUCCCGACGGUGGUUAGGAACGCGGCGCUAGGGUGCGCCACACAGGCGGCGCAGAUGGGUGCAAUACUGGCGCCGCUGGUCGUCGUUUUGGGAGGGUCGUUGCCGUUCAUUGUUUUUGCUCUGUGUGGAAUCGGUGGGGGAUUUUUUGCGUUUUAUCUGCCGGAAACGCUGAACCAACCUCUCUAUGAUACGUUGACGGGAAUGGAGGCUAAGCAAAAUUGUGUUACCUCUUCCAUUGUAUGA